AUGGAAUCCGGGCUAGAACAAGAAUCCUCCGCACUGGGCCCAACCCCGACAGCUCGGCACCAAUCUCCGGCGCGGCGCAGGCUAGCCCAGCAGCUUGGGACUUGCGCAACGCUUGCUCUCCUAGGCAAGGUGCGGGGUGAGGAAGAAGAAUUGUUUCAGCGCCUCUGCCUGGCCAUAUCAUGUUCUUGUUUCCCCCAUAAUCCCGCCCACAAUGCCUCGCGUGUAUCGUGCACCAGCAGGGCGCAUGUUGAGCCGUUGAAGACGCCUGGGUUCCCCAAGCACACGCUCCUUGGCGAUCAUUGA